AUGGCACGUCAAGCAGAACAUGUUCGUCAGCCACCAGCUGUUUCACAGGUUAUUACUGCUCACAUUUUAACAAUACGACGCAAAACAAAAUAUAUUGAUGCACAAGAAUUAUCAACUAUAUUAGAUGAUGUUAUUCGUGAACUAAAAGCUACUAAAGAAUAUUCUUCAAUAUAUCUUAUCUCUUUAAAUAAAAUAGUUCACGCAUUGAACUUAACUUCACCACCAUCACUACCUUCUGUUAAUACGCAUUAUUUUUUUAUUCUUGUACGAAAUACAAUACAAGUUCUUCUACAAGAAUUACACACAAAAUAUCAAUUAAGUGACCUAGCAACAUAUGUACUUCGAAAUUUAGUUAUACUACUUGAACAUUUAAUUAAACAUGUUCCUGAUGUCUCGAAAACUUUACAUUGGAUAACUAAUAUAACAUUUCUUACUGCAUUAGCAAAUUCUUUAAAUCAAAUAGAACAAAUAUUAAACAUCAAAAAUAGUAGACGUUAUACAAAACAAAUCUUACGUUUAUUAAACAUAUUUACUAGCAUACAAGAACGUUUACCAGCAGAUUUACAUCAUAGUUUAUUUCUUCCAUUACUUCAACCAGUAAUGAAUUGUGUAACAUCAAGUACUUAUACACAAAUAUUUAAAGAUCUGAAAGCAAAUGCAACGAAAUUAACAGAAAUACAAAGAUUAUUUCUUAGAAAAUGCCCUCAAUUUCUUGCAACUUAUAAUGGCUAG